AUGGAGUACACCGGGUUCAUCCACAUCCUGGCGAUCUUCUAUGCCGUGUUCCACCCUGAAGAAGGCACCAAGAUCGUGUACCAGGUGCCCGCGGGGUCGGUGAGCACGGGGCUGGACGACGACGACGAGGCGUUGUUCAAUUUCGACACGGUGAAGAAUUACGUCAUCCCCAAGCCCCAGCUCUGUAACAAGCUCCUCCUGUUCAAAAUCAAUAAUUACCGGGUGAUUGGCUUCCCCGUUAAUAUUGAAAACCUGACCUACGCUCGGAAUUCGUUUAACUUCAAUUUUUGCUUUGUUUUCCCCUACGAUGUCGGCGACACCACUCCCUACGAGCUGGCGAUCCGGCGCAUGGGGACGAUGUUUCGGGUGCUUGAAGAACAGAGUUUCAUCUUGAGUAAGUUGGAGACGGACCACUCGUUCUACAAACAGAAACCGACGACGAUGGAGAUGGACCCGAGCCAGCUUACACCAGGACACAAGCGCACCACCACCAUUACCCUCAGUCUGAUUCAGCUGUUGAUCUCGCAAAUCUUCUCUGAUUUGAAUAACUAUUCUGAGUGUUGUAUCCCGCUUGACCUGGCUAAUUCAGUUGAUAUUAAGCUUUUCCCCAUCUUACCGCCCCCGGUGAAUAUUAAGGCCUACGAAGUUCCUAUUGCUACAGAAAAGUUGGGAAAUCUAUUAGACUCGACGCUGGAUCCCACCAUGCUUCAAAUCAUCCCUCAUAUCAACGGGCUUAAUUCUAUUCGCCGUAUCGCCGAGUUGGCUCAGGCUAACUAUAUGAUCACCAAGCAGUGUAUCCAGCAUUUAAUGCACUACCGGUGCAUUGAGCUCAUCGAUAUCUUCCAGUUCUCCAACGUGUACGCUACCACCAACCACAUCUCCAAUUUCCUCCGCAACGAUGGACAAAUGGCGGAGGAGUGUCAAGCUUAUGUCGCCACCGAGUCAGGUGCUGAGCUGUUUCUGACGCCUACUGCCACUCCAAAUGUCAACAGUGUGUCUCCCGCUAGUCACACGCGUAACUACUUCAAUCUGCGGUCGCUGAAUCCACCAAAUAGCCGCCACCCUGUUCGAGUGAAGAUCCCGCUGAAACUGACGCUAUUCAAGCUCUACCGACUGUUGAACCAGGGGAUGACGGUAAAAGAAUGGUUCUUGGAAAAUCGGAGGCUUUUGGAGAAUGUCGACGUGCGCCGUUUCAUCAAUUUCGGUGUGGUUCGUCGCAUCAUUUACCGUGUCAACACUUACCCCAUCGUCAAUCUGAUUGCGCGAGCCAUUGAGCGAGAUGAGUUCUACGAAGUGAAUGAAACGACCUUAAAAAAGAAACAGGAGGUGGCAGUGGCGCCAGUGGUGCCUACAAACCGAGCAGUCAAGUUUAAUCUGGCGCCGCCGAAAACGCUCACUGAGGACAAUGACUCCGACCUGGUGUACCUGUCGGACUUUGAAGAGGAUCACGAAGAGGAUGAAACUGAACACGAAGUGUUAGUGAGAAAACAGCUGACGAUGCUGAGCGUCGACGAGAGCCAGGAGCACGAGUACCGCGACUUGGUGAAGAUGCUAAAAGGGUUCCAGCACAUGGAUAGCAUUUGUACUGAGCUUCAGAAAAGCCGGGCCGAAGUGGAAGCGAUGAUUGCCCUGUUGGGCUCCUAUAACAUUGCUAAUGCUUGA